AUGGCCAACCUUGCUUUGGAAGACAAGCUCGAGGAGGAUUCCGCGGGUGAACCCUUGGAAUCUUGCCUCAAGCGAAUGCUUUCCACUCGAACUGUUGUAUCGACUGCAUCGCCCUUUGCUCAACGUCAACAGGCUGCCGUUGGUACCAACGCACAGUUCCACGAGAUCGGCACUGGCUCUAUCGGCAAGGUCUUUGAGCAACCAGGUACUACUUUCGCUUAUAAGCUACCCAUUACCGACCAGACGGACAAGCUCUGGAACAACUAUGUCAUUCACAAGUGCAUCGAAGCUAGCUUCCAGUCGCUUCCUUACUUUGAUGGUCAAGUGGAAAUUCCUCGUUGUUUCUGGUACGCGACUCCAAAAACUCAGGCCUUCUGGGAUCUGAAUCUUGCCCUAUUCCCGGAAACCAAGGAGUUCUCUCGAAAGCCUCGUCACGUUCUCUGCAUGGAGCGAAUUUUCCCUCUUCCCCGCCCUAUGCGUCACGCCCUCAUCGAAAAGUAUUGUCCGCCACAUGGGCGGGAGAAGAUGAAGUCGGACGCUGUCAACAAGGAUUGCCUGGUGCGUCCAUACCUCGGUCGCGUGAAGUUCGGACACGGCGGCCUCUUUUUCUCACUGCGUAACUUCAAGCUUCAUGCAGACCAGAUCCAGGAACUUGGGGUUGUUGCCGCCGAUCUCUACACUGGCAUGGCUCACGCUCUUGCAGUCCUUCACUGGGAUACCAAGAUUGACGGCAACGACAUUGAGUUUGUCAUCGGUAGCUCUCCCGUCGAAGAGCAGACAGUUCGUGCGGACAUCAGCUUGCCGACCCUCAUGGCGAUGCAUCCUCAGACAAGCACAUAUGAGACCGCUACGCAUACUGGUGCCGACUUCACCAAGAGAGUCACAUCCCUUUGGAUGAUAGACUUUGAUGGUUGUUAUGAUAUUACAAUGGACGAGGCUGGAGUCAACAAAGCUGUUUCAGCUUUCCUUGACGCAAACCAUUAUUGUCCCAAGCCCAACACUGGUAACCCUUUUAUCGAGAGUCUGUGGAAGGACUUCUCUACAAGGUAUCUUCUAUACAGUCGCAUUAUCUUUGAAAUCCGCCGAGAGUCAAAGCUGAACAAUCUUGCACCCAUGUUCAUCGAGAAGACCACUCAGCAGACAGCUGGUCGAAAGGAGGGCAGUCCCAACGUUCGCCCCCCGGGAGGAACACGAGGUGGAUCUACUGUGGGCUCGAGGGGGUCGGACAGAAGUCCCGGCUCGCACAGAAACCCCGAGGCGUCAUUGUCCCCAAUCCGGGGUAGCCGUCCGCAGAGCGACAGUUCGUCUCGGAGUCGUGGUGGAAGUGGAGGUGGAGACCGAGGCCGGCAUGGAUCUGGGGGUGCUGAACGUGAUGCGACUUUCUGGUAG